AGCUUUUCUCCCUUCUCGCUCCCAUCUCUCUUCUUUUACUGUUUGAAUGGAGAAGCUGGGUUCCGCGGAACCUGCACAACCCUCGCUGGGUGCAGAACCCGUUGCUGGGGUUUCUGUUGCCAAGACGGCAGUGGCUGAGGGAGAUGAGGUGGUGGAAGUAGUCAGCUCCAAACUGUUUCGGUGUGCGUGUGUGAGACGCUGGCUACCACUGGCCUACAGAGAGGAACUCUACCAUGUCUUGCGGCUCACGGGCCCACUGCUGCUGUCUCGGAUUCUGAACUUCCUCCUGCCUUUUGUUAUCACCAUAUUCUGUGGUCACAUUGGCAAUGCAGAACUGGCUGGAUACGCACUGGCCUCAGCGACCAUUAAUUUGACCACAACUGCAACAGGCUAUGGCCUAGCUGUGGCCUGUGACACACUGAUUUCUCAGACAUUUGGCAGAAAGAACAUGAAACGUGUGGGAGUGAUUCUCCAGAGGAGUUCACUGAUCCUGCUGCUGUUCUGUCUGCCCUGUUGGGCCCUUCUCAUCAACGCACAAAACUUACUACUCAUCUUGUACCAAGAGAAUGAGGUGGCAAGAAUUGCCCAACUGUACGUGAUGGCAUAUCUACCAGCUGUUCCAGCCAUGUUUCUGCACCAGCUGCAGGUUGCCUACCUACAAAACCAAGGGAUUAUUCUGCCUCAGAUGUACACAGCAGCAGCGGCAAACAUUUUUAACUUGGGGUUCAACUACGUCUUAAUCAUCAGCUUCGAGUUGGGUGUCAUUGGGUCAGCAAUUGCUAACAGCCUCUCUCAGAUCACCAUCUGCCUGCUGUUGUUUGGCUACAUCAGAUGGAAGAAGCUCUAUCAGAAGACAUGGGGAGGCUGGUCCACUGACUGUUUGCAGGAAUGGGGCCUGUUUAUGAAGCUGGCUAUUCCCAGUGCAUUCAUGGUCUACUUUGAAUGGUGGAUCUGGGAGAUCGGAGGUUUCCUUGCCGGUGUGCUUGGCGAGGUAGAUCUUGGUGCCCAGCAUGUGUUGGUGGAAGUAGGAGCCAUAACAUAUAUGUUCCCUCUAGGCGUCCAUGCAGCUACCUGUGUACGUGUUGGCAAUGCUCUGGGGGCUGGAGACACUGCCAGGGCCAUAGUCACCUGCAAAGUGGCCCUGGUUCUAUCAGGAGUGCUUGCGGUGUUCCAGGGUAUCGUCAUUGCUGGCUGUAAGUCCGUUGUCGGCUACAUAUUUACCUCUGAUGAAAACAUUGUGGAGAUUGUCUCAGAGAACCUCACAGUCUACACAUUUCUACAAUUCUUUGACGCACUUCUGUGUGUCUGCUCAGGGAUUCUUGUAGGAUCUGGGAUGCAGAAAAUUGCCGCCUUGUCUAACCUGGUGUGUUACUACUGCAUCGGUCUGCCGGUGGGAAUAGCUUUGAUGUUUGCCGCCCAGCUCAGAAUAUUAGGCUUUUGGCUGGGUCUCUUAAUAAGUGUUUUCCUUGAGACGGGCUUCUUUCUUCUUGUAAUCUUCAAACUCAAUUGGAAGAAAGUCACACACAAGGCUCAAAUGCGAGCUGGAAAGAAAGUGGUAGUGAUACCAAAACGUCCGGCUAGUACAAUGCUGAAUGAAGCGAUGGUGCCUGACGUCUCUGACUGUCCUAACACACAGCAUCUUUGCACCCUGAAGGCCCAGUUGGAGAGUGAAGAGGUUCCUAAAGCAGAUGGCUACAGUCCAGUCAACAACCAGGACCUGCAGCUGAAAGCAAGUUAUGAGGCUGAGGGCAACAACAAUAAUGCAGGAGGUGCUGAGGGGGAUGCUGAGCAGAGCAAAAAUAAUGCAAGCACCAAACCUCAAGCGCUGCUCUCCGUCACUCAGCUGAUAUUGCGUCGGGGACUCACCUUCUUGGUUUCAGUUCUUAUUUUGGCUGUAGGUGUUGCUUGCCAUUUUGCUUUCCCUGCCCCGGAGCCCUCUGCUCAGAGCAGGGCCAACUUUACGCUGAACUGGGCCAAUGCCUCCACUCCUACGCCACCGGCUCCUCUGGACCUGACCCCAAACCUCUGAGCUACAGUAUCUUUGACCUCUGAAUGUUGACACCUAGUGGCUGAACACAGUCUUCAUAAACGGACAAUUUACUCCUGAAGAGAAAAGUAUUAAAUUCCUUCUCAUAAACCUGGGUUGUUAUUUUGUAAAACUACAGCCUGACAUGGGCGACUGCCUCUAUCUUGCAUGAAGAAAAAAGAUGUCUCAGUGCUGCACUGCUGAGCAAAUCCGCAUAAGGCAGAAGCAAUAUCAAAAGAGACUGAGACUGGCAGGAUGAACAAAGGUCUUGCUACAAAGAUAAUGUUUUAACCUGCUCAGCCUUUACACAUUACAAAUCCCUCACUAAGAGACCACAUGGGCAUUAAGGAACAGAUGUUUUUCCACCGAUAGCUUUUGAUUUUUGAACCUAUUCUUGAUUUACAUAUUGCACUGUGACAUAUAUCUUCUUUCUUACUGACCUCAAAUCGUUUUCUGGUGUUUUAACUUUAAGUAUAAGAUUGACUGUAAAUAUUUGAGGUAAAAUUUACAUGUAUCUCUAUAUUACUGUAUUGUCUUCCUUUAUCAUUGUCCUGAUAUCUUCAGGACAGAGGUGAUUAAUAAAUAAUAAGCUAGUUUUUGUUUUUACUGUAUAUGUAUUGUCAAUAAUAUCAUGUACUGUGGUACUACCCUAAUCAAUAAAAAAUGACUUUAAA